UUCUAUUGUUAUACACGGCUUAUAUCAUGGUCGUGCAUGUACAACAUACCAAGACUCCAAGACGAUAAGAACGCGGUUGGCAGUCGUACGAUCCUCUUCAACUCGUGCUAGAAAUGCUAUUGUGCAGAGAAAAAUGUCGCAGAUAUUUCACAUACAGUAUCGGACUUUGAGCUUAAUAUGCUUUAAAGUGGUCGUGCAUGAAAUUAGAGACGCCUCUCUGUAUUCAUGACUUCUUUAUCUCGUACCGCCACGAGCAAUUCAGUUCUUUCUGUGAUACUGAGAGAGAGAAUAAACAAUUCAUAUUGUGAGUUAACAAGUUGGACCUUUUUAUAUACUUUACUGUAUGGUAGAGUGACGCACAAAUAUGUUCAAAUUUCUUGGCACAAUGUGGUUUCCUUUAAUCACGAGACAACCUGUUUACGCACCCGUCACCGUCGAUCCUGAUGAAGAAACAAAACCGGGGCUUCACAAGAGUUCCAAGAACAAACUGAGCUUGAGAUUGAAUAUUUUGCUAAUCUUCACCCUUUGUUUCGCAUCCUGUACACUGGGGUUUCUUGCUGCAAGACUUCUAGACACACAGUCGAUUGCUGCCCGUGUAGGACCUCGAUUCGCUAAAGAACUGAGUACUUUCUCCUAUAACCGCAAUUUCUCGUAUCCGCCAUCUAAUACCACAGAUGCUGCUUGGAAUGGAUUGUUUAUGACGAAAGGUGAUGGGGGAUUCUUCAACCAUCCUUAUGUGGAAGGAGGAAGAGCUACAUUAAGCGUCUUGCAUCAGUUACAUUGUUUGGAUGGAAUACGUCACAUUUACUACCUCAAUAAUGACGCAGCAACAACAGGAACAGUACUUCUUGAGGAAGAAUUGGAACCUCAUAUGAGAAGAAGUCACAUGAGGCAUUGUAUUGAUUUUUUGAGGCAGAGUUUGAUGUGCUGUGGGGACAGCAGUAUUGAGAGGGUCAAUCCUGAGUUGAAAGGUGUAACGGGAUGGGGUACUGAGCAUAUGUGUGUGAAUUGGGAAGAGCUGCAGGAUUGGGUUGGAGAGAGACAGAGAUUAGAUCGCGAGGGAUGAGAGAAAAAGAUAGGGGCAACCAACUCUGACGAGUCGAAAUUUAAGACAAUCUUUGGAGAAAUCGGAAGGAGAUUGCCUGAACAGCUGGAAUUUGCACAAAAGUGAAUAGGAUAGUUGCAACGAGAUAGAAUUUGUAUGAUAGUCGCAUUGCUAAAGAGUGGGUAGCGUAUAGCUUAAAUUGUUGUCUCAGGAGUUAAGAAAUCUGUCAUGAAAUGUAAAUCUGACAGAAGCUGAGUACUCAAGAUUUAUUGGUUU